AUGUUCAAUAAACCAGAAAAUAUAUUUUCUCGCCAUAAGUUUUUUCGAGCCGAUGAAUUUGAUGACGAGUUGAAUGAUUUAUUUAAUAAAAAAUACCAAUUUCGUUUUAAUGCCGAAUGGAAGUUGCCAGACCGGGAGUCCUGGUUUUCAGCACCACCUUGGAAAGUUAAAGCUCUUGAGUCGCAAAAGGUUCGAUUGAAUUUCCAUAAAAGUCAAUUGAAUGACUUUAGCAUCGAAGAGUGGAGUAGCCACACGCGACGUCGGAAUCCAGCUGGAGAGGUCGGCUGGAAGAUCAGGUGUUUAAUAAAUCCAGAGUUUUUGACGCAAGCCUGGACAAAGUUCUAUGAAUGUGCUUGCACAUACAAUGUUGUGCCAAAGGAAGCAAGUGUGGCUAAGGAGAUGGUUUCGCUUCACCUUUGUGAAGCGCCUGGAGCAUUCAUAACAUCUUUGAAUCAUUACUUACAAUUAAAUCAUCAAAAUAUACAGUGGAAAUGGGUUGCAAACACUCUCAACCCCUACUAUGAAGGUAAUUCUCCUUCCAGCAUGAUCAGUGAUGAUCGCUUCAUGUUUCAUACUCUUGACAACUGGCAUUUUGGAAAAGACAGCACUGGGAACCUUAUGGAUUGGGAAAAUUCUCAAGCUAUUAUUGAAAAAGCAAAAAGUCUGGGAAAGGUUUUGCUUGUUACAGCAGAUGGCUCAAUUGACUGCUUGCAAAAACCCGAUGCUCAAGAAGAGGUUACUUCACCUCUGCAUUAUUGUGAAAUAGUGACAGCACUUCAGUGUCUGAGUCCCGGUGGAACGCUUAUAUUUAAAUUGUUCACAAUAUUUGAACACUCAACAGUAAGCCUGCUCUAUCUCAUCAAUCAUUUAUUCAAGGAGGUAAAUAUAUACAAGCCGGUGACCUCACGCCAAGGAAACUCAGAGGUUUAUGCUAUUUGUCUACAGUACAAGGAUAAUAUUAAUUUGAAUAAUUAUAUCUCUGUGCUGAGGUCGACUUAUGGCACAGAUCUCUACUCUAAAACAGCUUUGUUUCCUUUGGAAAUGAUCCCAGAGUCAUUUUUAAAGCAAAUUGAAGAAUGUUCUUACUAUUUCUGUUCCAUACAAUGCCAAGUAAUAAACAGCAACCUACAAGCAUACUUGAUGCAGAAAAAUAUUGCUCUACAUAGAGAUAUAAAAAAGAUACGGGCAAUUGUUGCCUCAGAAUUCAUUUGGAAGUACAAUCUCAAGCCUAUCUUGUUUGAGCAAGAGAUUUUGAAAGGGAUAUUACAUGAAGAAAAUAAAAUAAACACAAAUCCAAGGUACCACAGGGGCUCAUACACCGAGAGACAGCUUUAUUCAAAAAUGUCUUUGAAGGAGAAAUUAAAGAACUUGAAUGGCUUCUUACAAGCGGAACUGUUAUCAAACCCAUUGAUCCUAAUCAACGAACCAAUCAGAUGGAUGUUAAAAGAGGAUAAUCUUAAGAUUGAAAUUAAAUAUACACACGGACUACCACUACAAAAAAUAAACAGUUCUAAAUUUAUAUUUGUUCCUAUUUUCAAACUUUAUCAACAGAUUCUAGCUGAAGAGGAAUUCAAAGAGAUUAUACUUUACAAACAGUCCAAAGGGCAAGUAAGCACAUUUGACGACUCCAAGAGUGAAAUUUCAAAAAUUUUGGUGAUGCCAGAGUACAAUCACAAUGACAGUUACAAUGUAUAUGAGAAGAAUUGUUUCAAGUUGUUGCUCAGUAUUAUAAUGGAGAUGGCGACCGGAGAGUCUCUUUUAUUAAAAAAUUUUAACACCUUGACUCAUUUCAAUGUUAGCACACUCUUCAUACUUUCUAAGGGGUGUUUUGAGAAGACUGGUUUUGCAUCUUGCGGAAGUAUUGUUUUAAACAAUUUGCAAGAUAAAUCUUUAUUAAAUUAUCUUAAUGUUAUUAAUAUUGAAUGUGAUAAAGUACGAAGUGAUAAUACUAAAGAUGUUCUGAACACUCUUCCAGUUCAAGUUACAAAUUUCGGGGAAUUUUUCAAUAAUAUUGUCUUUUAUAAUAAUACUUUCUACAGAAAUAAAUGUAUGGAAUACUUGUACACAAUUGAACAAUCGCUAUAAAUUUAUAAUACUACUUUAAUAAUUCAAUUUUAAAAGCAUUUAUGAUGUCUGUAGUAAAGUAAUAUUUUUUUAACUAAUUUAUUCAUGUGAGUUAAAGAUGUAUUCUCGUUGUUCUCUGUCAUCAGUGUAUUAAAGAUUUUCUGAAUGUU